CAUCUAUUAUUUAGUAUUUCUAUUACUCUUGGUCAGAAGAUUUAAGUCUAAAGCCCAAUAAUUCACUUAAAUAAAAGACUAAAAUGUUUGAAAAUAAAUAAAUUGUCGUGCAAUUAAUAUAUUUGCACCGCAUCACGUUGUUGGUUUACCAACCAAACCAAAUGGAUCACAUUCUCAAACUUGCUUUUUUCUUGCUCUUCUUCUUCUUCUUCUUCAUCUCUCUUGGAAGCAUUUCAUCAAGCACAGAGACGACAUGCUACGACACUGCUUGCAGCCGCACAGAGCCUGUGAUUCGGUUCCCUUUCCGCCUUCAGAACUUGCAACCGAAUCGUUGCGGGUAUCCGGGUUUCAAUCUCUCCUGUGAUCUCACAAACCAAACACUACUCGAUCUACCAAACUCUGGAAACUUCACCAUACAAGCCAUAGACUACUCUACACAAGAAAUCUGGAUUAACGAUCCCAACAGCUGCCUCCCUCGACGGAUUCUCUCACUCGACCUCUCCGGUACCCCCUUCACCGGCGCCAAUUAUCAGAAUUUCUCCUUCUUUAACUGCACAUCCGGUAACUAUACCCGGUACCGGUUGAAUCCGAUUGCGUGUCUGAGUGGAAAUACUUUUACAGUUUUUGCAACUUCUUCUAUGAGAGUUAUAGGAAGGUUGACGACGUUGUGUGAUUUCGUUUCGGCCGUUCGGGUUCCAGUUGAGUGGCCGGGAAACGAGCAGACACUGUCGUCGGACCUUGGAGAAGACUUGCUUCUCACUUGGCAUCAACCAGGUUGCAAGAUGUGCGAGUCAAGAGGUGGACGAUGCGGGUUCCAUAGCAAUACUAGCUACCAACACAUAGUUUGCUCCAAUCUUCCUAAACACGAACUUCCAAGGGCUGCUCGUUAUGCUAUUGUAGUCGGAGGAGGAAUACCAGCCCUCAUUUGUGUGGUGGGCCUGUUGUCUAUCAUUGCUAGCAAGAUCAUGCGCUGGGUCAGAGGACAUCAGCCCAGCCCAGAAUUGAGCUCCGCAGUUGCUCCUCAGCCCACUAUUAUUGCAGGCCUUGACGGCCCAACAAUAGAAUCUUACCCAAAAAUAGUCCUUGGGGAGAGUCGUCGACUGCCCAAGCCCGAUGACAACACCUGCCCAAUUUGCUUGUCCGAGUACCGGCCCAAGGAGACACUCAAGACCAUACCCGAAUGUCAACAUUGCUUUCAUGCUGAUUGCAUAGAUGAAUGGCUUAGAUUGAAUGCUACAUGCCCCAUUUGCAGGAAUUAUCCAGAGCAUGGAACGCGCAAUCCAUGAUAUUGUCUUUAAACAUUUGUAAUUGUUAUAAAUCCGAUACUCAUGGGAGAGUAUGCAUAAAUCUAACUCAAACAAUUCGGAGAGAUAUUGAUCGUUUUGGAUUGAAGUUCACACGA